AAAAGAAGAAGACGGCUAAAAAUGUAUUGGACCCACCCUGUGCUUUUCCUUCUCCUGCUUUGUUACACGGAGCUGGUUGUUGGUCAGCUAAAAUAUUCCACUCCAGAGGAGGUUAAGGUUGGAUCUAUUGUUGGAAAUGUUGCAAAGGAUUUGGGCCUGGAUGUCAACACUUUGACGAGCAGGAGGUUUCGCAUUAUGUCCGGCGCACAGGACGCGCUGUUUGAGGUAAACCCGAACAAUGGGCUUCUAUUUGUGCACAAACACCUCGAUCGCGAGCAGCUGUGCGGCAGGAACGCUGUCUGUGUGACGGAUCUAAAAAUUGUCGUUGAGAGCCCACUGGAGAUCCACUAUAUCUCCGUGGAAGUGACGGAUUCCAACGACCAUGCUCCGAGUUUCACGGAGAAUGGCAAAAUAAUAGAGAUAGCAGAAAAUACUUUAUCUGGUGCACGCUUUCAAUUACCAGGUGCAAGAGACCCUGAUAUUGGAAUUAAUUCAAUCCAGCGUUAUAAACUGAGUCAGAGUGAUCACUUUCAACUUGAAAUUCGAGAUAGGGGUGAAGCUAAAAUUCCAUUUUUAGUGUUACAAAAGCAGCUGGACAGGGAAGAGAAAAUAAACCACAGCUUGACUUUGUCUGCUAUUGAUGGAGGGACACCUUCUAAAUCAGCAAACCUAAAUGUGACAAUAUGUGUUCUUGAUAUAAAUGAUAACAGACCUAUUUUCUCUAGGGAAGUUUAUUCAGUUGAAUUGCAAGAAAAUGCUGUUUUUGGCACUUCUGUAAUAAAAGUGCACGCAACUGACAUGGAUGAGGGCGCGAAUGGGGUGGUGCAAUAUGGAUUUGGAGGAGAUACGAAUUCGGAAGUAAUUCAUCUUUUUAGUCUAGACAAAAAACUUGGAGAAAUCCGUGUUAAAGGCCAAAUUGACUUUGAGACAAAUCAUGCUUUCAAUUUGGACGUGCAGGCCUCUGACAAAGGCCAGCCUCCAAUGACCACAGACUGCAGGGUCAUCAUAAAGAUUCGAGAUGUUAAUGAUAACAAACCCGAGAUUGAAGUGACAUCUAUCACUAGCAUGGUCGCUGAAGAUGCAAAGCACGGUACUGUAAUUGCACUUAUCAGUGUCACUGAUAUUGAUUCAGGCCCAAAUGGUAAAGUCAUCUGCAGUCUAACAGAAAACGUACCAUUUGAAUUGAAGCCCUCAAUCAAGGAAAAUAUGUAUUCAUUAGUGACUAAAGACACAUUAGACCGAGAAAAAAUAUCAAGUUAUGACAUUUUAAUAACAGCUACUGACUGUGGUGAACCUCUUCUUUCCACAUUUAAAACGGUAAGCAUCCAGGUCAAAGAUGUGAAUGAUAACAUCCCAGAAUUCCCUCAAAAUCCCUUAGAGUUAUAUCUGACAGAAAACAAUGAACCCGGCACUUCAGUAUUUUCAGUAAGUGCCUUUGAUAAGGACUUAGAUGACAAUGCUGCCAUUUCUUAUUAUAUAGUCAGACAGGGGGGUCAUACUGACAUAACAUCUUUCCUCAAUAUAAAUCCUGAAAAUGGACAAAUAUCUGCACUAAAAAGUUUUGACUUUGAGACUGUGAAAAGUUUUCAUUUCCAAGUGGUGGCCACAGAUGGAGGAAGUCCACCACUGAGUAGCAAUGUGACAGUGAAGGUGUAUAUUUUGGAUCAGAACGACAACGCUCCAGUCAUCCUGUAUCCGGUCAGCUCCAACGGUUCUGCUGAAGGUCUGGAGGAGAUUCCCCGCAAUAUGAAAGCAGGAGAUUUGGUGACUAAAGUAAGAGCCUAUGACGCUGAUAUAGGAUAUAACGGCUGGUUACUCUUUUCCCUUGGACAUGUCACUGACCAUAGUCUCUUUUCUUUGGAUCGUUAUACGGGCCAGAUCAGAACACUUCGCUCAUUAACUGAGACUGAUGACGCUGAGCAUAAACUGCUCAUACUGGUCAAAGACAAUGGCAAUGUUUCGCUUUCAGCAACAGCUAUUGUGACUGUCAAACUUGUGGAGCCCAAAGAAGCUUUUGCAGCUUCGGAUGUUAAAAGUGCAGCGAAAUCGGAGCAGGAUGAGGACAAUAUGACUUUUUAUCUCAUCAUCACUUUGGGCUCGGUCUCACUCCUUUUUGUCAUCAGCAUCAUUGUACUGAUUGCAAUGCAGUGCUCAAAAUCCACAGAGUACACUUCCAAAUAUCUCCAAGACACUAAUUAUGAUGGCACGCUGUGUCACAGCAUACAGUACAGAUCCGGAGACAAACGCUACAUGUUAGUUGGACCCAGAAUGAGUAUCGGUUCUACCGUAGUUCCAGGAAGCCACGCCAACACUCUAGUGCUCCCCGACAGGAGAAACACUUCUGGGGAGGUAAGACAAAACUUAUUUACUCAACACUCACACCAACACAGAGUACUCACUUAA